UGUUGGUGACAGCCGCCAGGCGAAAUGAGCUACACCCCCUCCACAUCUAACUGAUAGGGAGAAGACAUUACGGGACGUUUUCAUGGGCAUACAGCCUUCUGCUCACUGACGGCACGGUUUCCAACAUUUAGCUGGCCCCGUCGCCAAUCGAGCAUUUACUCUUGGAGUUUUUCCAGUCAACGUACGUUACGUUAGCUUCGGCGUUUAAACAGUGGCACCGAAGCUCGUACGACACCACAACCGCGUCGCCUGUCAAGAUAGUAUUAACACUCGGAGAAGAUGGGUGACAUCAAGCCGUCGACAUCUCCUGCUUUCCAGUCGGAGAGCUUCAGUCCACCAUACAGGAAGAGGAAAAGGACAGUGGAAGAUUUCAACCAGUUUUGCACAUUUGUCUUGGCCUAUGCUGGUUACAUCCCUUACCCACAAGAGAACUCUUCACUGCGCAGUACUUCCAGCCCUCCCAAUAGCACCGGAAGCACAGUUGAUAGCGAUGGCUGGACUCCGGGGCCAUCGCCAUCUUGUCCCCAACACCCCUUCAUGGUCCCCCUGGACAGGAGCAGAAGCCAUCCACAGAUGGGGGCCACACUGUCCAGUCACAUCAAGAAAGAUCACACAUUCACCAGCUUGCAUCCAGAGGAUCGUCGGAAAGCCGAGAAGCUGAAGAAGAAAAAGAGGAGAAAGGAGAGGGAGCUCCAGGCCGGCGAAGAACACGGGCAACCUAACUUGCCUCCUCCGUUGCCCUUUGGCGACUUGCCUAUAAAAGAGGAGCCGGAAGACGACAUCAGCAUUCCGCUCCACCCUCAACGCGUCACCAGUCCGUCCCCGUGCAAAGAGGAGCAACAGGAAGAGCGCAGGCAGUGGGAUGGACGAGACCUGGAAGAAGGGGUAGUCAAGGUCCAGAAAGUGGAAGGCCUUUCUGGAAGCAGAACGGUGUUCCGCCAGGGCAAGCAGGUGGUGUUCCGAGAUGAAGAUGGCUUGGGAGAGGAUGAGGAUAUCAUGGUGGACUCAGACGACGACUCAUGGGACCUGGUGACGUGUUUCUGCAUGAAGCCGUUCGCCGGCCGCGCCAUGAUCGAAUGCAACAAAUGCCACACCUGGAUCCACCUGUCGUGCGCCAAAAUCCGCAAAAGCCACGUGCCCGAAACGUACGUGUGCCAGAGCUGCCGAGAAAAUGACGGACCCGCAACCGCAGGAGCCGACGCCCGCCGCUCCCACCGCCCUCGCAUUGGCCCGCGUAAACACCUGCUAGAAUAACUUCCAAACGCCCUCCUGAAGAUUUUCUAAGAACACUUGUGGACCUUUAGCAAGCUCUCCUAUACCCCCACUUGGGGUUACCUUAGCUCUGCCGAUGUGUACUUGUGCUUCCCUACAGACUCUCCGCGUAAGGCAAUCACUGAAUGAUACACUACUCAGAAAAAGUUAGGGCUACCUGGACUUUUGUUGGAGUUUCAGGAUGUGCCUACAAUUACUAGAACGUUGACAGGGGAACCAAAUUCGACCUUCUGUGCAAUUGUGAAUGCAGUCUAACAUCACCGAUUUUGCCUUUCAGCUUCUUAGCGAACGACGAGUCCUGCCGAAAGUACCGAACCAUGUGAACAGUUAGACGAGCAUUCAAACGUUUUGACGUAAAAUGAAGCUCACCUGUCAAGGUUAUGGUACAUUUUAGCGCCACCUGAAAAUUUCAUCCCUAACUUUUUGACUAGUGUCUGUGGAUGACUAGCAUAGCAGCCAACGGCUACAGUUGAGACUGUAGCGACUUGCGAACACUGGAAACUGCUAUCUCGAGUCCCUCUACAAACUGCCACCCUCUCUGGUGCAUGCUGGGAUGUGUCGGAAAGAAACGUUUGCACUUUUUCUCACUUUAAAACAAACCUUUUGACCCUUUUGGCAAACAGGUAUGUUCAGAUGUGACUCGAUUUGAUUUCUUUCCCCAAGCGGCUUCUUGUUGGUAUGAAACCCAAGUGGCCGUUUUGAAGGAGAAAACAAGUAAAGCCUGCUUCAGAUGGUGCUAUAGUAUUAAUCUGAUAAUUCAAUAGACUAGAGCGAAGAUCUAGACUACAUCUGCUUCUUCUGUCCCUUUUGUUAUUUAAGUCCAUUGUGGACACACAGAAGCCCAGAGAGGUGGUUAUUCUUUCUUUCUCAAGCUGUCUUCCAAUUUCGGAUGCUGUGUGUAUCGAAGGUUAGGGCGAUAUUGUUCACUUCCUUCCCUCCUACACUUGACUUAAUUUCCACUGGUCAAGGAUUGUCGUUCAUAAGUAUUUUACCUUAUCAGUUCAGCUGUUUCAUUUUUAAGCUUCUUGCGUCAAAUAUAUUUAUGGAAGGGAGUGAAGGCCGUUCCGUUCAGUGCUUCUGCAGGAAAUGUCAUGGUUAGUUGACUGGAAUAGUGUAGAGAGUCUCUCAAGAGUGUAUGUGAGUGUGUUUGAGGGAGGAGGGGGGUGGAGGACAAUGCAUGUGCUGCUAUGAACAUAUCUAAUUUCUGGUCUUUUAUUGUAAGAUGCUCAUCUGCAAAUGAAAUAAGCUCUGGUGUCUCAUCACUUCAUAAAACUUCACAGCAGUAUUCACGUACUUUCACCCUCUGCAGCGUUACUGGGAAAUUGCUUUUUUUUUUUUUUUAAUCCAGGCACUUUUCUCUUUAAACUCGCUGCCAUUCAGAUGAACUGUUUCAGCAUAUGUGCCAUGGACCUGUUUUGUGUCAGUUCAAGAAAAGCCAUACUCCAGCGUAGAGUGACAUGAAAGACUCUGAGACACCGUUUUUAUCCUAGGAUGGGGUUUUACAACACACAGUCGCAGCAGACUUUGACCAGAGGAUAUUUGUGCGGUUGGCAGGCUGAUGCCUUCUGCUGCUGUGUUGCCAAUAAUCAGCCCAGUUGGGAUGUUUCCUAAAUGACAAGCACUGUUAUGUCUUUGAGAGCCCUCUUUUUUUUGAAGAUCACUUAGAUGUAUAAGUACUAUUAACAGUGGUCCGUGUGAUAAAAGUUGGUUUAUUCUGAUGGGUUGAGUUUGUCCUCUCUCUCCCCUUUGAGAAUGUGUUAUUGUGUACUGUGUGGUGAAAACUGUUUCUAUGAAACUAAUGUAAAGUAUUGUAAAUAAAGAUUGACCAUUUUA